AUUCAAUCAUAAAAAUUCACUAAUAAACUAGUCGAAUAGAAUUUAUUGUAAUAAUUAUAUGUAACAAUAGUCAGUGAUGUCAAUAUCCACUUUGAUGAAUUACAUAUGUUGAAGAUCAUGAGACAUGGGAGGAACACCGCAAAUAUUCAGUAGAAAAUUAUUUGUUGUCAGACAGAAAAGUAAGUUUUAGGGAGAAAAUAUUUCAUCGUUGAAUCAUUACUUCAAUUCAGCCACAAUUGACGUCAAUAGUACGUCAACGUAUCUAGAAUUUCCACUAAGGUCCCUCAAUAAACACUAAGAAUAUUAAAGGACACAAAUACAUUUACAUGAUAGUAGUUGAAGAAAGUCAUGAAAAAAAAUUAUUCAGCCUCAUUACAUAAUCUUUUGCGCAGAACUAGUUUUUUUUUAAUUCCUCGCUUACGAAUAACCUCUAAAAACCUCUCGAUAUAGCUUCAUUGCAAGUGGCAUUUCAUUAAAAACAACAAAAGCUGGAGAAUUUUCUUGAAUUUUCCAGAGAAAUGUCGAAAUGUCCUUUGAGUUUCUUCAAAAUUUCUCCAACUGCUGGAAUUUAUGUUGACCAUUAUGAACGUACGAAGAGUUAUGAUAUUGAGGUAUCCCCCGUUACAAUUAAAAAAUCAAAAAUUUCGUGUAGGCACUUUUCAUUAAAUUCAAGGGGUGACCGUUUCCUUUAUUAACAACACACGAUAAUUUUUUUCUGUAAAUCCAUAAAGACUAACUUUUGUGUGGUACAGUAUCGCGAGUCCUAAAAACCUGAGAAAAAAGCAUAACAGUCGACUCUCCCAACAUUCCAUAAUCUUCAACAAAUUGAAAAUUCCCCAUCACCUCCUGAAAAUUCCCCCUAACCGAGAUAUACUCCCCUCCUCAACCCCUUGUGCAUAACAUUCUGAUAAAAAUAGCUGCGUCUGUAAUCUGAGACGUAUCUGAAAAUAACUAUCCACCUCGCACACGCCACAAAGCCAACUCCACGCUAAUGGAGGGAUAAUCCCGAGGCAACAUCAGUCUCACUUCUUGCUCCACCUCUGUAAUAAAGAAUUCCCUCGCAACCGUCAAAUUUAAAAUCAAGAAACACAAGAAAAAAUUCCCCAGAAUCACUAACCCCCAACCAUCAUCACCCAAAAGCAAUCUAUCGUUAUUUGGAUAUCCUGGGUGAAUUUCAGGUGGCAAAAUCCCAGAAUUAAUAAUAGCCGCGUGUGAGAGGGUACAAAGAGAACAUUGACAAAGUUACUCAUUUCUCCCCCCCUUUCCCCUAACAACCGAAAGUGUCGAGUGGUGAAAGGGCAAGGCUAGAAAGAUCAUCGAGAGGCAAGCCAGGAGUGGUGCCAGUACCAUCUUAACUCUCGUGCUUCAAUCGAACCGAAAAUGAGUAUCCCAGAGGGUGUGACAAAAUGUGCGUCAAUAUUGAAGAUGGUAAGCAGCGAUUCGGAAAAAUUUGCUGCCCUGUUCAUGGUGACCAAGUUAGUGGACAAAAAUUGUAGUGUCGAAGCGAAGAAGCUUCUGUUCGAGGCGAUCGGCUCGAAAUUCCUUAAGAAGCUAUUGAUGAGUGAAGAAGUACCAGUUGACUGUCCCCCCCAGGUCUGUAAAUCGGUGGCCCUGUCCAUUCUGUCAGCAUUUUGCGUUGAACCAGAGCUUGCAUCGCACAAGGAGAUGAUAGUCCAGGUGCCGGGUCUAUUGGAGAUUGUCUCCCAGUCUGACGAGGACUCCUCUGACGACAAUCUGAUAGCAGUUAGUGAGGCUUACACAGUGCUCCAGGCCAUUGCCCAGCAGCCACCUGGACAGAAGGCCCUGCUGGAAGAGAGGGCAAUACCGAGAAUGUGUGAAAUCUACUCGGAGAAGAGCUUCCAGACAGACGAGGCUCUAAACAUUCUGGUGACACUUGUCUCAAGACUGGGGCCAGAUGCUUGGGAUGCCACUGAUACAGCCCCUUUUCACGGAAUUAUGAACAAAAUAGCUCUGGACUUUGAGACUGAUCAUUCAGAGAGAAAAUUUGAAUUGUGCCCGAUCCUCCAGGCACUGAUAUCGUCAUCCCGAAAGGAGGCAGUUGCUGAUACUUCCAAGGACGAGUCGUGGCCGCAGAGCCUCAACAAGGGCCUGUCAGAUAUUCUCUGCUCGAAGAUUGGGAAGAACCAGAGGGAUCCGGCGUUGAAGUUGGCGGCGGCCAUUUUGGAGGUGUUGGGGGCAGAGUGGGCGCUAAUGGACGAGGAGAAGCCCAAGGUUCUUUUUCUCAUGCUGAUACAGCUGGCCUCCAUCGAAAUAAGGAUGCAACUGGAGGGAAAACAGCUGAAAACUGUCGUCCAAAAUGGCGAACUCAUAACUGCGUGUUUCAUCAUCUUAGAGAUAUGCUUGUCCUAUAUCACCUCUGAUCAGCUGGACCUCGAGCAGAAGGAGAAACAGUCCCUCUACACUGCACUGAAGGGUGCAUUCUCAGCUGUGAUUGGACUACUCACAUCAGUCUCCAAAAUGAAAGAGCUCACUGAUAUCAAAGAACGCGUUUUUGUGUGUGCUAUGGUGAGGGUUCUGGCAGCCUGGCUAGCUCAGGAAACAUCAGCAAUGCGACCUCAAGUUUACGCUAUUCUUCCGUUCAUAAUGUCGGUGGCCAAUGAUACCUUCUACGCCAACAGAAAUCGAAAAAUGGCGGAGAAAGCCAGGGCCACUGCAAGAUCCGAGGAGGGAGGAUCCCCUAUGGAGUGCGUUCAUGAUCCUCUUAGUGAAGUUGAUGUACUACGAGUGAUGCUGCCCGCCCUGUGUUAUCUGGCGGUUGAGGAAGAGGCGAGGAAAAUUCUGCUGAAGCACAAGCAGGAGGAGGUACUAUUUGAGUGCCUCUCGUAUCACUGGACCAUUGUUCAUUAUAAAAAACCACCGGUGCCGAGAUCGGAGCGUCUCAAGGCCCUCAAGGAACCCCAGAGGGAACUCGACCCAAAAACUCUUGAAGAAAUGAAGGACUCUAGAGCUGCUAUGGUCUCCAUAUGCAAUGUUCUCAUGAAUAUUACUGUCCUCGAGGCAAAACUAGUCGAACAGUCGGCCACGUUCGUGUCAAUCCUCAAGUUUAUUUUUAAUAAUCUACCAGAACUCAAGCAGACCAGUGAAAAUCUCGUUCUUCAUGGACAUCUUGCUGUUCUUGGACUUCUUCUACUCAAGCAACAGGCCAAACUUGUGAAGAAAAAUGAUUUCAGUAUUUGUCGGUAUAUUCAGGCGACCAUCAGGUUUUUAUGGGAUGCCUACGUUGUCGACGAAAGCAGUGAUCCCACGGAGCUUGUAGUAGCCAUGUUUUAUAAGGAACACUGGAUGGAAAUUAUGGAGCUUUGGUUCCUUGGCAUGCAGACCAUGGCCGGAGUUUUUCCACUCAUACCCUGGUUGACGGAGUUCGCUAUUGAGUCAGGAUGGAUCGAGGGCAUGAUCGAGAUCCUCAAGAAGGUUAGGGUUGGCUCCUUACCACCCAAUGUCAAGUCUGCUUAUGAAGAUUUACUCUGUCAUCUUGUCAAAGCUGAUUCCAAUGUUGUCUCGGUUUUGAAGAAAAAUGGGGCACUCACUGUUUGUAGAAAUCAUCGUAUGAUGGAGCUCGGUAAAAGUCUAUUUGGAGACUAGAUUUUUUUUCUUUUGAGCCACAGUUGUUUUCUCGAAUUGCUUGUUUUCUCAUACUCGAUGUACAAAUAGGCAUUUACCAUUGAAAUUGUUACACCCACUUUUUUCAACUGUUUCAUCGGCUGGUGAGGAGAAUUUAAACAUUUAUGUGCGAUUUUUUUGAUUGAUACCGAUUGAGAGGAUUGAUGGAAAAAAAUGUAGCGUAAUCUUUUUUUAAUUAAAAGUAUAAAAUUUUUGUAAAAAA